AUGACGUCGAUUCAGAACCGAACAUUUGAAUUUCAGCAAUGUGUUUCCUCGUUUCAAAAAUUGAAUAAGGGCAAGCAACAGCAAGCACUCCAACCUCAAACUGCAUCACAAAAAUCCCAAUUUUCCAUCCAGGCUGGUAUAAUCGCCAAGGAUAUAGCCCACACGACAGACUUACUUUCCAAAUUGGCCCUUUUGGCGAAAAGGAAGCCUCUAUUUGAUGAUAAGCCCAUUGAAAUAGGUGAGCUUACCUAUGUUAUCAAGCAAGAUAUCUUCAAAAUCGAGGAAAACAUAAAGAACUUGCAAAAAUAUACAAAGGGGGACCACACCAUCCAAGUCGACUCGCAAAUUAACCAGUACUCGAAGAAUGUGUUGAAUUUGCUCAACUCGAAGAUGAAAAACAUAUCCGGAGAGUUUAAGAACGUGUUGGAGAUUAGACAGAAGAAUGAGUUGGUGAACAAAAAUAGAACGCAGCAGUUUUUGUCUGCAGCAGCAGCAUCCACAAACAGAUCACAAUCACCCCAGAGUAACUUAUCGUUGGGUGAGAAUCCAUAUGCUCUCGCAGCGCUGCUGUCAGGGUCUAACUACAAUCCUGCCAUGGACCAGAAUGGCAGUGCUACAGGAGGCAACCCUUACGGAGACGAGUUUCUUUCCAUUCCUGACCAAACUAGACAACUUUUGCUUAUGGAAGAGCAAAACGGGAACCAGUAUCUCCAGGAAAGAAACCGUGCUGUGGAAACCAUCGAAUCCACAAUUAAUGAGGUGGGGAACUUGUUCCAGCAGUUGGCCACCAUGGUCAGCGAGCAAGGUGAGGUUAUUCAAAGAAUUGACCUGAAUGUGGAGGAUAUAAAUUUGAACAUAUCGGGUGCACAAAGAGAGCUCUUGAAGUACUACAACCACAUAUCGAGUAAUCGAAUGUUGUUCUUAAAGAUAUUUGGGGUGUUGAUCGUGUUCUUUUUGUUGUGGGUAUUAGUUAGUUAG